AUGACUACUGCAAACGACAAUAUCGCCAAAUUCAAGCAAUUCGAUCAAUAUGACUUUGACAAGGAUAGCCAGUUUCAGUCAGGCGUUGCGUCAUUAUUGAAUAACAAACAAGAGAAUGAGGCUGACCUCCUUCUAAGAGCAAAAUUGUUCUACUAUACAAAGGUGGUUGAUACAAGUUUCAAUGCAGAUGCAUACAAGACUUGGAAAAAUGAAAAUCAGGAACCAGCAAUUGAACAAGGAAAGAAUAGUGAUGACAAGCCGCCUAGAUUUACAUUUCAGGAACUCGUGGACAUGAUUGAAAAAGGCAUUGAAAUUCCAGGUAUUAAACAAAUACCCAACGUAUUAAAUGAAGGUACACCCAGUAAAGCAAAAAUGACAGCAAGACCAAAACCGUGGGAAACCAACAAACAACAGCAGCAAGAGCAAGAGGUCGUAGCAGAAGAGGCUACUUUAUAA